AGCCCAUCUAUGGCACUCUAGCCAGGCAGACAGAACAUGAUGGGCCGCCUGGGACUAUGGGAGGGUCCAUGGGAUUUUUAUGCAUCGAGGUUCUCCAUGCUGGGCUUCUGGGGGCACGGAGUUCCUCCCUUAGUCAAGCAGUCCUCAGACAGCGUAUCCUUGGACUUCUCACGUGACAGCCACAGGGCGGUUAAACCCUCGCAACGUCAGCUCCAGGGUACCCCAGCUUCUGCGUUUGUCCAAGGCCCAUUCUGGAUCAGCAGACAGGGACUGUACACCGGUCAGUUUCCAGGGCCCAGUUUAGUCAGUUCACGCUAUGCUAGUCAGCCUGUCACUUGUCACUCCUCAGUGCCCUGGUCAGCGUUUCACCUCUCAGUCUGCUGUUCAUCUUCCCCGCCCCCACCCCCUCCCCACCUAGUCAACCUGUUACCCUUCAAGUCACUUAUUUGUCCAGUCUAUCACUUGUUUGUCCUGUCACCCCUCAGUCACUUGGUCAGCCUCUCUCCCCUCAGUCACCUUCAGCAUGUCACCAAGUUAGCCUGAAAAGUAGCCAGUGGAUCACCAUUCUACUAAUAGAACACAUUAGAAGCAUGGGAGUUAAUGAUCAGGCUAGUGGCAGUGUGAGUUAGCCAUUUGCUCCCUUGUAAAUCAGUUAAUCCCAUAAUCCAUCUCUGUCAUAACCUGACAGGGAUCCAUUAAUUAGGCUCCCGCCAGUCUCUUGGUAAAUUAGUCCCAAUUACAUACCUAUAAUCCUAGCUCUUGAGAGGUGAAGGCAGGAGAAUCAGAAUUUCAAGGUUAUCCUCAGCUACAUAGAAAGGCCAGCCUUGGCUACAUAAAUCAAAACAAAAGAAAACAAAAAUCUAACAGUUGGAGAGCACUUAGCUAGCAAGAUGGAGGUAGGGAGACAGAUAGAUGGAAGUGUGCUGAAGAAAAAGAAUUUCAUGGAGCCCCGAGACAUCAAGUAAAAUGAAGAGGAGUGAAAACCAUGAAGAGAUCCAUUAGUAGUGUCCUACCUAUGCCCCUUAAAGCUGGCAGAGAAGAGCAAUAAGAAAUCAGAAUUAUAAAGCUAGAUUAAUCACUACAUCUCCAGCAAUAAAUCCCACCCAUGUGACGUGAACAUGAAAACAAAAUGGAAGAAGGGAUAAUAUUUGACCAGAGUACUUUGGUGAUUUACUGGCAAAGCUUGGGCCAGGACCCAUAUUAGGUUCAUUCCAACAUCCAGAAUGAGGUUUUAAGUUGGCAGAAGAGAAGAGAAAAGUUGACAGAGCAAAGUUGCCAUCACCUCCUUCCUCACGGUGAAGAGUACUGGGAUUCUUGCUGUUGCAUAUGGGGAUGCCGCAUCUACAGCUGGAACCUGCCAGACUGAUGAGCUCCUUCUGUGCUGUGGAGAAGACAUUGCGUUGCAGUUGUUCCUUUCAUGGGGUCCCCACACCCUCUGUGCAGUGGUGGAUGAAUGGUGCUCCUGUGGACGUGAACAGUGGGUAUGGCCAGCUCCAGGUGACUUCUACCACACUUGGUUCCUGGGACAACAGCACCCUCAGCCUGCCCAAGGACCCAGAAAUGGGCACAGUCCUUCUUUGUGAGGGAAAGAACCAACACGGAACCCACGGUUUGAGCAUCCUGCUGAUGUCAAGAAGGGGCCCUUUGGCUCCCCAGAUCUUCCUGAAAGCGCUGCUCCAGGGUGUUGUCUACGCAGCCACGGCAAUCACACUACUUUUCCUCUGCCUCCUCCCCUUCAUAGUGAAACUUCUCAGGACCAAGCAGGCAAAGAAGUGUGCACAGACGAGAGUCCAGCAGGACUCUGAGGCUGGAACAGACCAAGAAUCCAGCACGAAGCCCAAGGAGCCCAGGGAAUUCAGAACUGAGUCGCCUUCUGGGACGCAGCUCUCAGAAAAGGAAGACAGAGCCUGAAGCCUACGAAGGCCGUGGAGACAGCAUCCCAUCCCAAGUUCCCACUGUGCCCAGAAUUACAAAAACCCAUGGAGACUUCAGAAGCCCCAAGUCCAUAAUAAACUUGAGGUCCUGAGAAUCUGCGCUCACAAAGCCCUCUCAGCUUCUUCACAUCCCAUACACUCCAAGGUGUGGAGACUACUACUGGGCCUGGUCUCAGAACUUUUAAAGGUCACCUGUAUGAUUAACAAAUCAUAUAGGUUUGGGUGAGCCAAAAGGUACAUAUUUCACUCUGAGACAGAGUUACAGGAGAGAAAAAUGAAUGCACAUGGCACUGUGAAACAGGGAUUUUGAUCCCUUUCUUCAUGACCAGUUCCAUAGAUAGACAGACAGACAAACAGACAGACACACACACACACACACACACACACACACACACACACACACACACACACACACACACACACACGAGCGCCAUUAUAUUUUAAUCUAAUCCCAAAGUAAGUGCUUAGUAGAUGAAACCUUUGGACAAGAUCUCCCAUUCUUAUCUCUCUCCCUCAAACUUCAGUAGACUCAUAUAAUGUGUACUUGAAUGGAGACUAGUUGUAGAAAGUGGUACCCAGAGCGGGC